AUGGAUAAGCUCAGAACCGUUGGAAGGAAAGUAUAUCGCAAGAUAUCGACCAAGGAUGGUUUCCUUGGUGACUACGAUUAUGCUUAUCUUUUCGUUCCUGACCUACCGUUCACCAAGAGGGAGCCCAAGACACAGCCGUUUUUCGGCCUCAAUUCAGAAAUGCCCUUGUUCCUUGGGUUUCUUCUAGGACUCCAGCAUUCUUUGGCCAUGUUAGCUGGUGUGGUUACUCCCCCACUCAUCAUCUCCACAACGGCGAAUCUUUCGCCAUCAUACUCUGAGUACUUGGUUUCCGCAUCGUUGAUCACCUCAGGGAUCUUAUCCAUAAUACAGAUUACCCGUUUGCGUCUAUGGAAGACCAACUACUUUGUUGGCACUGGUUUGCUCUCAGUGGUUGGUACUUCCUUCUCCACAAUCACCAUCGUGACAAAAUCGAUCCCCAUGAUGUAUGACAGUGGCAUUUGCGAGACCAUUGACGGUGUCAAACAGCCUUGCAUUGCAGGUUAUGGCCAUUUGUUAGCCACUGGUUCCAUCUGUGGUCUUCUCAGUGUGCUUUUAUCUUUCACGCCGUCCAAGGUGUUGAACAAGAUCUUCCCUCCUAUAGUCACCGGACCUGUGGUCCUUUUGAUCGGAGUUCAUCUCAUUGAGUCCGGAUUCCAGGACUGGGCAGGUGGAUCCUCUUGUGUUGGUGAUGUGUGUGGAAAAAAAGAAUUGCCUUGGGGCUCAGCUGAGUUUAUUGGCCUCGGAUUUUUGGUUUACGUCACAAUUGUCAUUUCAGAAAAAUUUGGAUCCCCAAUCAUGAAAUCGUGCGCCGUUAUCGUGGGCUUGUUGGUCGGCUGUAUUGUCGCUGCUGCCUGUGGCUACUUUUCUCAUAGCGACAUCGAUGCUGCUCCAGCUGCCACUUUCUUGUGGGUCCAUACUUUUCCCUUGAAGCUUUACGGACCAAUUGUUCUUCCGUUUUUGGCGGUGUAUAUCGUCUGUGUCAUGGAGGCUAUUGGUGAUAUCACCGCUACUUGCGAUGUUUCUAGAUUAGACGUUGAGGGUGAAGUUUUUGAUUCGAGAAUCCAAGGUGGUGUUCUUGCGGACGGCCUCAAUGGUAUUCUUGCUGGCCUCAUGACGGUUACCCCAAUGUCUGUUUUUGCCCAGAAUAAUGGUGUCAUUUCAAUUACGAAGUGCGCCAACAGAACAGUCGGAUACUGGGCCGUGUUUUUCCUUUUGAUUAUGGGGAUUUUCAGCAAAUUUGCUGCCGCCAUUGUGUCCAUUCCCAAAGCUGUUUUGGGCGGUAUGACGUCGUUCCUCUUCACGUCUGUCGCCGUGAGCGGAAUGAAAAUCAUCUGCUCUUCCGAGUUCACCAGAAGAGACAGAUUUCUUCUUACAGCCUCGUUGCUUCCGGGCUUUGGAGCCACGCUCGUUCCUGACUGGUUCAGCUACGUGUUUACCUAUCUGGGAGACAACUCCGGAUUACAAGGUUUGCUCGAUGCCAUCGUGUUGCUUAUGGAAACCGGUUUUGCAUUGACUGGUGUGAUUGGCGUGAUCCUCAACCUCAUUUUACCGCAAAUGUCCGAUGAUGUAGAGGAACUCAAUGAGGUUGUUUUGGAAACUGUGGGGUCGGCAGACCAACACGCAUUGGAGGCUUACAGGUCCAAGGAAACCGCAAUUUACGAGCUGCACGGUAUCGACGAAUCAAGCUCAAACAAAGAACGUGCCUAG